AACAUGACUUUACACUUUCAACUUGCAUGUAGUGCAUACAUCAAAGUCCAAUUUUGUGCACAGAUGAUACACCAGUCCUUCCCAAUAACGUCUGUGGGGAGCAGAUGUGUCCAAAUACCAUCUCUUCAACCAUUCAGAUAAUCGGAUCGUUUCUUUUUGUGUGUUUCUGUCAGUUUCUCUAUGGCUGCUGCUGAAUCCGACUCCAAAUCUCUUUUCUCUCUGGACUCCUACCAUGUCUCUGAGGAGCUUGGCUUCAUCCUCCCUGAUCCUCUGGCCAACAUUUUCUUAUGAUACACACGGUGCUCCAACUGGACUUUCAAAGGAAGAGCUCCCACCGUAUUACCAGCCAUGGAUGGAUAUUGCCCUGCGAGUCCCAGAGCUUGUGCAGUCUCACGAGUUGCGCUUCCAUGUCAACAAGAUGCCGCUGCUGAGCAGCCAGUUUCUGCAGAAACACCGGGAGUUACGGCUGGCCCACCUGGCCCUCAGCGUGAUGACCAUGGGCUACGCCUGGCAGGAGGGAGAGAACAACCCAGUUGAGAUGCUGCCGCAUAACCUGGCCGUUCCAUACUGGGAGGUGUCACAGCGCUUAGGGCUUCCCCCAAUUCUCACCCAUGCAGACGCUGUACUGGCUAACUGGAGGAAGAAGGAUCCAGAGGGACCUUUUGACGUGGAGAACCUGGCGCUGCUGGUCAGCCUCCCAGGUGGAGACAGUGUUCGAGGUUUCUUUAUGGUUACUCUGCUGGUGGAGCUGGCAGCACUCCCAGCACUAAGGAACAUUCCCACUGUGAUCAAUGGCGUCAGGUGUGGCGACACUGAGGCUGUGGCCAGAGCCCUGGAGGAUAUCAGUCAGUCAUUACAGGAUAUGACAGAUGCACUCAAACUGAUGCAUGUAUAUGUGGAGCCUUCGAUCUUCUAUGGCAUUAUGAGGAUCUACCUGUCUGGGUGGAAAGACAACCCAUGUAUGCCAAAGGGGUUGGUUUAUGAAGGGGUCCAGACGGAACCAAUGGAGUUCUCAGGUGGGAGUGCUGCACAGAGCAGCCUGCUGCACUGCUUUGAUGAACUUCUAGGAGUCAAACAUGAAGCAAAAAGUGGUGCCUUUCUAACCCGCAUGAGGAACUACAUGCCACCUGCUCACAAGCAACUGAUCCAGGACAUCUCGUUGCAACCCUCCCUAAAGAGUUUUGUCCAGCAGCAGGCUAGCGAGGGGCUAAGCGAGGCUUUCCAGCAGUGUGUCACAAAACUGUUGGCUUUGCGCAGCUACCACAUCAAUGUUGUCAGCCGUUUCAUCACUGUACCCGCUGCCCGCGCCCGACAACUUCGUAACCAGAGCCAGGAUUUAGAGGCGGAGACGAUUGGCACAGCACCCACGGCAUUGGAGGAGAGGGGCACUGGUGGCUCUUGCAUCAUGACCUUCCUUAAGACUGUUAGAGACCAAACAAAAGAGGCCUUCCUGCCUGAGACAAGCAAAGAAAUGAAUCGCCACAGCUGAUGUCAACUACAUCACAUAAAACAGGCAAUAAAUCACCUCUCUGAUUGCUUAACACACUAUUUUAUGUCAUUAAAAGUGCAUUUUGGCAGAAUAAGA